AUGCUCAAGCGCUUGUGGGGGAUGAGCACUUUUCUCGUCAACGAAGCGCCCCGUUUGAAGCCGGUAAUCUUUGUGGCCGGAUGCACUGGGACGGGCAAAAGCGAUCUCGGCGUGGCAUUGAGUGAACGAUUCGGCGGAGAAGUGGUCAACUCAGAUAGCAUGCAAAUCUACAAGGGACUCGACAUUGCAACGAAUAAAAUCACUGAUGAGGAAGCAAAAGGUAUCGCUCAUCACCUCUUCUCUUUUGUCGAUCCAAACUCGUCAAGUGCUUUCGAGAAAGGAUUCACCGUGCACGACUACCGACAAAUGGCAUUAAAGUUGAUCGAUGAGAUACACGAAAGAAACGCUAUUCCGAUACUCGUCGGAGGGACAACGUAUUACAUCGAAAGUGUACUUUAUGAUGAAAAUUUUAUCGAGAAUCCUGGCACUUCGACAAUGGAAACUUUCGCCGAGAUGUCGAAUGAGGAAUUGCACAAACAUUUGGAGAAAAUCGAUCCGGUAUCUGCUUCGAAAGUUCAUCCGAAUAAUCGAUCACGAGUGCAACGAGCGAUCAACAUUUUUGCUGAGACGGGACUUCGAAAGAGUGAUCAUUUAUCAAAGCAAGUGACUCGACUACGGUUUAAAAAUUCUCUGUUCUUCUCAUUGGAUGCGGAUCCCAAAGUUUUGGAUAAACGAUUAGAUGAUCGAGUGAAGAAAAUGCAUGUGAAUGGAUUACGCGAAGAAGUCGAACAUUUCUAUGAAGCACACAAAGAGGUGAUCGAUUCAGGAAAAUACGGAGUGAUGCAAGCGAUUGGAUUAAAGGAAUUUCAGCCAUAUCUGCAAUUGAUCGAGAGAAGAGAUGAGAAUGGAGAUAAAAUGUUUACGAAAUGUUGCCUAGACGUACAAUUGCACACUCGCCAAUAUUCAAGAAAACAACGAUCUUGGGUGAGGAAUCGAUUGUUAUGGAGAAAAGACGAUAAAGAAUAUCCAUCGAUUCUGUGCAUUGAUACAUCAAAUCCAAAGACGUAUAUCGAUGCAUCGAUCGAGAAGAUGAAAGAAUGGCUGAAUGGGAAAGAUUACUUGCCGGAAUUGCCGAGUGAUUACGAAAGUCCGGAGAGUGGAGAGGAAUCGAAUCAAGUGUUGAGAUGUGACGAGUGUGAGGUGAUUAUACAUGGAAAGAGGCAUUUCGAGAAACAUGUACAAGGAAAACGGCAUCGAGGAGUGGUGGCAAAGAAGAGGAGAAAGAUCGAAAAGGAAGAGAUAGCACAAGUUUUG